UAAAGAAGAAUAAACCUUUUACACGACAGCUGACCGGACCUCUUGCCUAAAAACAACGACAGAAACAGAAAAUAUCACAAAUAUUAGUUUGAAUUUGUUGUAUUUUAGCGUUUUAAACAAGGGUGACUACUAUUUGAAGUUGUAAAGCAUGGAGCCGACAGCGCCCAAAAGCAAGCUGAAGAAACUGAGUGAAGACAGUCUCACAAAACAACCGGAGGAGGUCUUUGAUCUUCUGGAAAAACUAGGUGAAGGGUCCUAUGGCAGUGUGUUUAAAGCCAUCCAUAAGGAGUCAGGCCAGGUGGUGGCUAUCAAACAGGUGCCUGUUGAGUCAGACCUCCAGGAGAUCAUCAAGGAGAUAUCCAUCAUGCAGCAGUGUGACAGUCCCUAUGUGGUGAAGUACUAUGGCAGCUACUUUAAGAACACAGACCUGUGGAUAGUGAUGGAGUACUGUGGAGAGUCUGUUUCAGACAUCAUCAGACUACGCAAUAAGACGCUCACAGAGGAUGAGAUAGCCACCAUCCUCAAGUCCACAUUGAAAGGUCUGGAGUAUCUGCAUUUCAUGAGGAAGAUCCACAGAGACAUCAAGGCAGGCAACAUUCUCCUCAACACAGAGGGCCAUGCCAAACUGGCUGACUUUGGAGUAGGACAACUCACGGACACGAUGGCAAAGCGGAACACAGUGAUCGGGACUCCGUUCUGGAUGGCUCCAGAGGUCAUCCAGGAGAUCGGAUAUAACUGUGUGGCAGACAUCUGGUCCCUGGGCAUCACCUCUAUAGAGAUGGCUGAGGGCAAACCUCCCUACGCUGAUAUACAUCCCAUGAGGGCUAUUUUCAUGAUCCCAACCAACCCUCCACCUACAUUCAGGAAGCCUGAGCUGUGGACAGACGACUUCACACACUUUGUAAAGAAAUGUCUGGUGAAGAACCCA